AUGGCUUCAGGCGAGCAUAAUAUCUAUGGUUACAAUCCUUCAAUUCCGGCAGCUGUCAUCUUCAUUAUUCUCUUCGGUGCCUCAACUGCCUACCAUGCUUACCAAAUCUACAAGUCACGAUGCAUGUACUUCAUUCCGUUCUUGAUCGGUGGUAUCUUCCAAAUUAUCGGAUACAUCUGUCGCGCAGCCUCACAUGACAAUUACUACGGAAUUCCCCUAUACGCAAUUCAAACCCUCCUGAUUCUGCUCGCUCCUCCACUAUACGCCGCAUCUGUCUACAUGGUCCUAGGCCGAACAGUGACCUACCUCCAGGCAGAAACUCAGAGCUUGGUGCCAGUGAGAUGGAUGACAAAGAUCUUCGUGUCUGGUGAUGUCUUCUCGUUCCUCCUACAGUGUGCUGGUGGCGGUCUUAUGUCUGCAGGAGCAUCCAUGCACCAAACAGGUUCAAACGUAACAAUCGGCGGUCUAGUCAUCCAACUACUUUUCUUCGGCUUCUUCGUGAUUGUCACGACAGUCUUCCACUUCCGCAUCUCCCGCCAUCCAACCUCCAAGUCACAAAACGACCUUAUCCUAACCCAGGGCCAGGGUUGGAAGCAGCGUAACUGGUUUACUGUUAUCUUGGCGCUGUAUACUGUCAGCAUUCUGAUUCUUAUUCGGUCUGUUUACCGUCUUGUUGAGUAUAGUCAGGGAUACAGUGGGUAUAUCAUGACACAUGAGGCGUUCAUGUAUAUCUUCGAUGGAUUGCUGAUGUGGAUUGCUAUGGUUGUGAUGAAUGUAUAUCACCCGGCGGAGAUCCUAGGUGAUGGGAAGGAUAGACAGAGUGGAUAUACGGAGACGAUACAGUUAUAG